GCUGGCGGCGGCCGCCGGGGCCGGGGCGCUACGGAGCCGCCCGGACGCGCCGCUCCCGCCGCUCCCCCUCAGCCGGCAGGGCCGGGCCCGCCAUGGCCCCCGCAUGGAUCGGCCGCCUCUGCCUCCUCCUGCUCUGCCUCUGCGGGGAGGCCGCCGCGGGGCGAGACUUCUACAAGAUCCUGGGGGUGUCCCGCGGCGCCUCCAUCAAGGACAUCAAGAAGGCCUAUCGCAAACUGGCGCUGCAGCUCCAUCCCGACAGGAACCCCGACGACCCCCGGGCGCAGGAGAAGUUCCAGGACCUGGGCGCUGCCUACGAGGUGCUGUCAGACGAGGAGAAGAGGAAGCAGUACGAUGCCUAUGGUGAGGAGGGCCUGAAGGAUGGGCACCAGAGCUCCCACGGAGACAUCUUCUCCCACUUCUUUGGGGACUUUGGAUUCAUGUUUGGAGGAAACCCUCGCCAGCAAGACAGGAAUAUUCCCCGAGGAAGUGACAUCAUCGUGGACCUGGAGGUCACACUGGAGGAGGUGUAUUCAGGAAACUUUGUAGAAGUUGUCAGGAACAAGCCAGUGGCAAGACAGGCGCCUGGCAAACGGAAAUGCAACUGCAGGCAGGAGAUGAGAACCACCCAGCUGGGGCCUGGGCGCUUCCAGAUGACUCAGGAAGUUGUUUGUGAUGAAUGUCCCAACGUCAAGCUGGUGAAUGAGGAGCGGACGCUGGAAGUGGAGAUAGAGCCAGGGGUGAGGGAUGGCAUGGAGUAUCCCUUCAUCGGGGAAGGUGAGCCCCACGUGGAUGGGGAGCCAGGAGAUUUGCGCUUCCGAAUAAAAGUUCUUAAGCACCCAGUGUUUGAAAGGAGAGGAGAUGACUUGUACACAAACGUGACAAUCUCGCUGGUCGAGGCACUGACAGGCUUUGAGAUGGAUAUUGCCCAUUUGGAUGGGCACAAGGUUCACAUUGCCCGGGAUAAAACCACAAAACCUGGUGCCAAGCUGUGGAAGAAGGGAGAAGGUCUUCCAAACUUUGAUAACAACAACAUCAAAGGCUCCCUAAUAAUCACCUUUGACGUGGAGUUCCCCAAGGAGCAGCUGACACCUGAGCAGCGGGAAGGUCUCAAGCAGCUGUUGAAACAAGGAUCAGUGCAGAAGGUCUACAACGGAUUGCAGGGAUAUUGAUGUGUGGAAAAAUUGGACUUCCCUGGAAAUGCAAAGUCAGAUUUGUUUGCAGUCUUUUCUCCUGCCCACUGUAGAAGAGGGAAGAGGGAGGGGGGCGAUGGUUGAGGUUUAGCUCAUCUUUGGUUUGUAAAUUAUGGAAGUGCUCAGAGUUUGGGGAAAUACUUUUUCAGGACAUAACUGGUGCUGCCUAUCAUGUUCCACGUCCUGGAACAACAGAGAUUCCUUGAGCAGGAAAACAUAGCUGGGGAAAGAAGUUUUAAAUUCCACACGGAUUGGAAUUUCUGGUUUUUAAAUAUAUUUUGAUGUGACUUUU